UACAUGCAAAAUGUGCUGGGUAUUAAAUUGUCAGGAAGGAUGCCUUGUCCAAACUAUGCUCGAAGUGCCAAUAAAAUUCAGUAGCCAGUACUAAACUGAAUCAGAGGUGUGAGUACAGUCAGUGUGGUAUUGAGUAUUUUUCAUUGCCAAAUGGCCUGCAUUUUGAUUAAAUAUUUAUGUGGAUAUUAAAUAUUCAGAUUAUUAAUGUUAUAGUCCUUGUUACUCCGUCCACUAUGCCAACAAAAACAGAUUAGAAUUUGAAGGUAAAGGGUAAGAAUCAGUCUAAGAGGGGUUCCCAACCUGGGGUCCACGGACCCCUUGCUGAAUGGUAUUGGUCCAUGGCAUAAAAAAGGUUGGAAACCCCUGCUCUGAGGUAAAAACAGUCAAUUAGUAAAGGGGAGCUUAAGAGCUUAAAUUGCAAUGACAACAGGUCUGGUUAGUUAGGAUCGAAACAAGAAAUGCUCAACAGAUCAGACUGUAUCCUGUGGAAAAAGUGUAAGAAUGAAAAUGUUUUGACUAAUUGCUUUUUUUAUAUAUUGGAAAAAAAAUAGAAUGCAGAAUGAAAUGCCUGGGGAACUGAGUUAUGGCAUUCAGACUCAAUGUAUUUAAAAUACAAAAAAAGUAGAACUCACAAGAAAGGGUAGAGGAGUUGGACGAGCUGGUCUGCUCUUAAGCAGCUGCACUACAGAAUCAAUGAAUGAAACACCCCACUUCUGUGUGGUUUGUUUCCUUUCCAUGAACUAAUUGUUCAGCUGACUAAGUCUUCACAAAUCUAUCAGUCUGCUAUUGACCACUGUCUUCUGGAAGGCCUUGACCUGAAAUGUCAGCUGUUAAUUUCCUUCACAGAUGCUGCCUGAACUACUUGAGACCUUCCAGCACCUGCAGUCUCUUGAGUCUCACCUGUGGUGGACAGACGAACAGAAAGAAAAAGAAAAAAUGGCUAGUUCUGCAGACAAGCCACUAGAGGGCAAUCUACAGGGCUUUAAGAUCUGUUAUGUGCAAGGUGAUCUGUUCUCAUGCCCAGAAAAGGAUGCACUGGCACAUUGCAUCAGCGAAGAUUGUGACAUGGAGGCAGGAAUAGCAGUCUGGUUCAAGUGGAAAUAUGGAGGUGUCGAGGAGUUGCAGAAUCAGAAGAAAAAAAUUGGGGAUGUUGCAGUGCUAAAGAAAGAUCAGAGGUGCAUCUAUUAUUUGAUCACCAAAAAGCUGGCAUCAGAUAAGCCUACUUAUGAUGCUGUACAGAAAAGCCUCAAGGCCAUGAGGGACCACUGCUUGGCUAAUGGAAUUUUGAAGAUCUCAAUGCCUAAGAUCGGAUGUGGCCUGGACAACUUGGAGUGGGACAAAGUUUCUGCGAUCAUUGAAGAAGUCUUUAAGAGCACAAGUAUUGUAAUCACAGUGUACUCUUUGUGAGAAUAGCUCUGUUAUAUGUACAACACUAUAAUUAGUAUUCUUUACUCACUGUCGAGGAAAGGUAAGGAUAAAAUGUUGUCAGGUAUUUUUGUUGGAUACCUGUUUGAUUCCUGUUAUUUGAUGGUUUACAUUUUUUUGAUUCUAUUGGCAAGUCUAAAUUUCCUAGUGUCCAUGCUAGCAAAGCCAUCAUAUUCAAAUACAAAUUUCAAUGCAGUGUCUUCUCAUAAUUUCAAUAAUGGAUUGUCAUUUAUGGGGAAAGAUGGGCAGUUCAUUUUUGUUAAAGUUUCAUAUCAGAAAUGUGAGGCAAUUCAAUUUUCUUCAGUCUGAGACUUAUUAAUGUAGCAACUGAUUUUGCAUGAGUUCUGACUUGCAAUGUCAAUGACCCUGUUCACAUGUUCCCUACUGUAUAAAUUUGAGAAUUAAAUCUUUUUGUUGAAA